CAGAAGCGGAAGCUAAGAAAGCGUGCACCUGGCUGCGUGCUGCUGGCUUUGCUCAGUAUGCACAACUUUAUGAAGAGUCCCUGUUCCCACUUGACAUCUCUACUGUGAAAAGGGACCUUCGCUUUCUGGACCAGGAUUACCUCAAAUCCCUCUGCAGGAAACUCAUGACCCUGAACGCCUGCGCCUCCAUGAAGCUGGAAGUCCACUUUCAGCGGAAACAGAAUGAAGACCCCGAGGAAGACGAUGUCUGUUCCAUCAGCAACCGGUGGGCCUUCCAGAAGGACAACAAAAGGUGGUCUUGUAACGAGCCUGAGGACUUCCUGUCCAGCAUGAGGAAGGAGUCCAGCCAAGAGAGUCUCCUCACCGACCUCAGUGCUGACCUGGAGGCCACGUCUCUGCAGAGCAAUGCCAGCACAGGCCAAACCCCGGCUGUCCGAGUCAUGCCACCUGGCUCUUCCCCCACCCAGACCAGCUCCAUCCACUCACCAACAGACCCCUGGGACAGCAAGGGGAAACCCAAGAAAUGUCGGACACGGAGCUUCCUCAAGAGGAUCGAGUCUCUGCGAAGGAAAGACAAGGAGAAACUGGCUCCUGUGAGAGCCAGGGCGGAGGCCUCACAGGACACAGCAGACCCUCCGCUGGGGAAGGGGGCUCUUCUGAGAAGGGAAACAAGUAAGCGCCUUCCCUCUGCAGGCUGCCAGACUCACCAGGCCUUGGCUGGAAACAGGCCCCGCUUGAAGCCCAAGUCCCUGGAGGACUCCUGCGAAGGCGCCCUGGCGAGGGGCUGGGCUGCCCAGGGCUUUGGCCACCAGGCUCCGUGGGACAGGGGCUGCUUGGUCCAGCUCCCCGAGGACCACAAGCCAGGCACUUUCCCCAGAUCUCUCUCCCUGGAGAGCAUCCGUCCCCUCCAUAGCAGCCGCUUAGCUGACUGGGGAUGUGCCGACAAAGCCCCUGGGAGCCUGGGAGCCGGUGGGGGCCAGAGGAGCUGCCUGCAAGGCCCUUCCCUGCUGGGGGCUCGGCACCAACCGAGGCGGUCCUCCCUGAGCUCCACGGGCAGCUGCACCAGCCUCUAUGACAACGUGCCCGAACUGGGCGGCAGCAGCAGCAGCAGCAGUGACGGCCUCUUUGGCUUGGACCCGGAAGUGAUCUAUGAGAGCCUGGAUGAUGUCCUGCAGCAGGUGUGGGGCUUGCAGCAGCAGGUGGAACUCUGGUCCAGGGGACUCCAGCUGGACUUGGAGGGCGAAGGUGUGGCGGGAGGGGGGGAGGAGACGGACUCAGGAGGAGAAGCCGCCACCCCCAGCUUUGAAGAACGCUCCGUGUCUGACAUAGGCACCUCCACCAGUGACUUCGACAGUGCUGGCAACUCGCUGAACGAGGCGGAAGACAUAGGCAUGCGAGAAAGAAGGGACUCCGGGGUGGGAGCCUCACUCACCAGGCCUUGCAGGAAACUUCGCUGGCACAGCUUCCAGAACUCCCACCGCCCCAGCCUGACCUCGGCCUCCUUGGAGAUCAGCCGCCAGUCGGCCGCACAGCUCCACCUGCUCCAGAAGUGCUCCCUCCUCUCUCUCACUGCCGUCAUGGAAAAAUACGCUACUCCUCACAAGCAGACCUGGGCAUGGACUGUUCCCAAGUUCAUGAAGAGGAGCAAGGCCCCCAGCUACAAGGGCAAGGUGGUCUUUGGGGUCCCCCCCAUCAUCAGUGUGCAGAGGACAGGACAGCCCCUCCCCCAGAGCAUCCAGCAGGCCAUGCGCUACAUCCGUCGCCACUGCCUCGACCAGGUUGGCAUUUUCCGCAAGUCAGGGGUGAAGUCUCGAAUCCAGGCCCUGAGACUCAUGAAUGAAGUCUCUCCAGAGAAUGUGAAUUACGAAGGGCAGUCGGCUUAUGACGUGGCGGACUUACUGAAGCAGUACUUCCGGGACCUCCCAGAACCCAUUUUCACCAACAAGCUCACGGAUACUUUUUUACAAAUUUACCAGUUUGUCCCCAAGGAGCAGAGGCUGCAGGCAGCACAGGCGGCCGUCGCACUGAUGCCGGACGAGAACCGUGAAGUGCUGCAGACGCUGCUCUACUUCCUCAGCGACAUCGCAGCUGCCCAGGAGAACCAGAUGACAGCCGGGAACCUUGCCGUGUGCCUGGCGCCCUCCCUCUUCCACCUCAACGUCUCCAGGAAAGAGAGCCCGUCCCCACGGAUGGUGCAGAAGAGGGGCACCAUGGGAAAACCGGACCAGAAGGACCUGAAUGAAAACAUGGCUGCCACCCAGGCCCUUUCGCACAUGAUCACAAGCUGCAAGAAGCUGUUCCAGAUCCCCCAUGACAUGAUGCUCCAGAUGUGCAGUUCCUUCCUGUCAGCCAGUGGUCACCUGGAGCUGGUGAGCCAGACCCUGCAGGGGGCAAGCAGGAGCUCCCCCCCGGACUUGGAGGCCAGCAUCCAGAGCCUGCUGAAGGAGGCCUCAGAGCGCUUCAAGGGCUGGCCCACCACCCCUGGCCCCCAACACACAGAGCUCGCCAGCAAGAAGGUGGGUGACGGACACCUUCUGCGGGUGUGGAAAGUGUCCACUGAUGUGGAAGCGCCUCCUCAGGCAGUGCUCCAGCGGGUUCUUCGGGAGCGGCACCUUUGGGAUGAGGACUUCUUGCAGGGGAAAGUGAUUGAGGCUCUGGGCCAAAACACAGAGGUCUAUCACUACCUGACAGACAGCAUGGGCCCCCACCCUCGCCGGCAGUUCGUGGUUCUUCGGAAGUGGCGAACAGACCUGCCCCAAGGAGCCUGCCUCCUGGUCUCCUCCUCACUGGAUCACAAGAAGCUGCCGCUGGAAGGUGGGGUCCGGGCAGCGAUCCUGACCUCCCAGUACCUUAUGGAGCCCUCUGGGAUGGGCUGCUCAAAGCUGACUCAUAUCUGCCAGGCAGAUCUCAGGUAUGGCUUAGAUCCCCCACUUGUGGCAACUGAAGGUGCCCAGUGGUUGACUUCUCCUCUGCUGAAUUCAGCCACUCUCUUGGUCUGCUUGCCCCCCUCCUUCUCCCCACCGUCCCACAACAAGUAA